ACCGCGCAAUCGCUCAGUCGUCAUUUUGUUAUUCGCCAUUAGUUUCAUAGUUUAUAGCUGUAAUUGAUUGAUUAUAGUUGUAUUCUCGAUAUUUGUUACAUUUUUUAAUAUUUUUACAUUGUUCUUAAUAUUCUCAUAUAAUUAAUAUUAAAGAAUAUAGUAAAAUUAUAAUAUCUAACAUCAAUCGCGCUAACAUAUGCUUUAGUAAUGGAGAAGAAACUUAUUGACCAAAAAGAAUAUUUGAAAAAAUACUUGUCUUCAGGAGAUGGCGAUGAUAAGAAAAAAAAGAAAAAGAAAAAAAUGAAAUUGGGAGCAAAAACAGUAAAAAUCAUUGAUGAUGACAUAGACUUGAAGAAUAUAAGACCAAUUGAAGAGAAUGAAUUUGAUAUUUUCAUCAAUGCAGAAGAUGCACCUCAAAUAGCCGGUGUAGUGGAUGAACAUGGACCAGUUGAUUUUAGUGAUAAAAGAAGAUGGAAAAUUAUAGCUAAUGAUGAAAGUGGUGAUUUAACCAUCACUAGUGUGGCAAAAGACAACAAACAAUCUAAACAAGUUAAGAAAAUUUUUGAUGAUGAUCUAAGUCCAUCAAAGAUACAACAGAAAUAUUCAAAUGAUGAUUUAUCUCCUCCAAGAAUAUCAAAAAGUUCCAAAGAUGAGAGAAAUAAAAAAACACAAAAGGAUGAAGAUAGUGAUUUAAGUCCACCUAGAAUAAAAUCUAGAAGUCAUAUUAAUUCUAAAUGUAAAUCUCCACAAAAUAAUAGUGAUGAUAAUAGCAAUCAAGAAACAGAUGUUCCAUCUCAUAAAAUUAAAAAAAAGACAAAAAGAAAAGAGAAAAUAUCAGAUGAUUCUGAUCUUAGUCCACCUAGAAGAAUUAAAAAUUAUAAUUCAGAUAUAAAUUCACCAAGAAAGAGUAAAAAAUAUAAAUCUGAGAAAAAUAUAAUACAUAAAAGUGAUUCAGAAAUGAGUCCUUUUAGAAAAAGUAGAAGAAAUUCUAAUUCAGAUAGUCCUAGAAAGAAUAAUGAUUCUGAUUCAGAUAUGAGUCUUCCUAGGAAGAAUAAAAAAGAUUCUGAUUCAGAUCUAAGUCCGCCAAGAAAAAGUAAAAAGCAUAAGCAUAAAACAAGAGAUAAUUCUGAAUUUAAUUCAUCUAAAAGAAAAUAUGAAAGCAAUGAAAACAUUUAUGUGAAUGAUAAAAAUAAAAAUAGAAAUUAUGAAUCAAAAUGGCAUAGAUACAGAGAUGAAAAAGCAGAAACAAGUAGAAUGUAUAAACAUUCUUAUAAAAAUUUUAAAUCAGAUAAGAGAUAUUAUGAUUCAGAUAUGAAUCCACCUCCAAAAAGAAACAGAAACAGUUUAAGUCCGAAUAGAUUUAGAAGAAAUGAUAGAGAUUUUUAUAAAUCUAAAUCAAAUAGAAUAUUUGAAGAAAACAAAUCAAAAUAUAAAAAUAUUGAAGAAGAAGAUAGUAACAAACAAAUGAAGAAAACAUUAGAUGGAAAAAAAGCAGGACUACAAGAUGCUAAAGCAUUGCGAGAAGAAACAGAAGCAUAUAAAAAGCGGGAAGCUGAACAUUUUAGCAAACUUAGUAAAGAAGUUACAGGAGUUGGUCAAGCAGUAGUUAUACGUGACACUAAAACAGGUAAAAAACGAAACUUAGAAGUAGAAGCACAAGAAGAACGCGAAAGACAAAAACAGCAACAGGAAUUAGAUGAAAAAUAUGCUAAAUGGGGGAAAGGUUUAAAACAAGUUGAAGAUCACGAAGAAAAAUUGAAAGAUGAUCUUUACGAAAUGAGUAAACCUUUAGCAAGAUAUGCAGAUGAUGCUGAUUUGGAUAAAAUACUUAGAGAACAAGAAAGAGAAGGAGAUCCUAUGUUAGAAUAUAUCAAACAGAAACAGAUAAAAGAAGGAAAGAGAAAACCAGAUCCACCAAAAUAUGAAGGAUCAUUCAUGCCAAAUCGUUUUGGUAUUAAACCUGGUCAUAGAUGGGAUGGAGUUGAUAGAAGUAAUGGAUAUGAAAAACGAUGGUUUGAAGCGCAAAAUGCAAAAGUAGCUCGCCAAGAAGAAGCUUAUAAAUGGAGCACUUCUGACAUGUGAAAUUUCUCAGCACGAGUCACGCAACUGUGAAACGCAAACAAAUGUGCAAGCCAUGUCUGUGAAAUAUGAAUCACCAACGGCGGUAAAUCGUGAAGGAUUAUCAAAACUACAAAAUCGAUAUUCGUUCCACAAAACAGGAAAAUCACGAGAAUUGUUGGCGCCUGUCUGCCACCGAUUUUGUCGAUUCAAUACAACAAAGUAACCAAGUGAAGUAUCCGUUUAUGAAAUCGAUAGAAUCUUACGAAAAUUCUUAUUUUCUUCUUGGAUAUUACAUGAAAAUUGGGAGUGGCGCGAAGUUGACCGAUGAUG